GCCAUGAAGUCCGCUGCGCCGCGUGUUUGGUGCGCGCCUCCCUGGUCCGACCUGUGAUUACUAAUUUCUACACUUUUUUGGCGACUCCAACACCUGGAUGUAUUACUGGACACCGAUGAAGACGUUUUCGUUAUUAUUCCCCGGAGCCUACCGCGUAAAGACUUUUUUGGCAUUCCCAAUGUGAUCCAAGCUGAAGGCUCCACUUCUAACCAUGUCUCGCCGCAAGCAGGGCAAACCGCAGCACCUAAGCAAGCGGGAGUUUUCGCCUGAGCCUGUGACGGCGGACCUCUCCCUCCCCGAGGACUCGCAGGACGGUGGGCCCCGUCUCCUCUCCGCGCCGGCCUCCUCCACCACCUCCUCCUCCUCCUCCUCUUCCUCCUCGUCGCCUAAAGGCCAGCCAGAUCUCCUCACCUGUGGCCAAUGUCACUCGCGUUUCCCGCUGUCCGACAUACUGCUGUUUAUCGAGCACAAGCGCAGGCAGUGCCAAGGACGCCUAUGCCGUGACGGCAAUAACAAGGACCCCGAUAACAAUAAUAGGCCCUCGUCGCCGCUGCCGCUGCCGAGGGACAGCCAAUCCCAGACCUCGUGUCUCGCGCAGGGACGUGCCAACUCCGUCACCCCUGGACGCAGGGGGCGGCACCCGGUGGAGGUGGCCGUCCAGGCGACGACGCAGCAUCAGGACCACCAUGGCAGGGACAGCCUGGCCACGGCCUCCCCUGGAAUAUGCCCCAAGCAGGAGAACAUCACAGAAAAAGACGAGCCCAGCAGCUACACUUGCACGACCUGUAAGCAGUCCUUCCCCACCGCCUGGUUCCUGCUGCAGCACGCCCAGAACACUCACGGGUUCCGCAUCUACCUGGAGAGUGAGCCCGGCAGCCCGUUGACCCCCCGCGUGGCCUCCGCCCCCGGCAUGGGCGGCGAGUGCGGCUCCCAGGUCCCGGCUCUCCACACCGCCCACCUGGCUGACGGCAGCCCCUACCGCGCCAUGCGCCUCCCCGGGUCGAGCUCCUCGUCAGCGGGCAGGGACCCUCCGGUGACGGCCUCCACCCCCAGGGAAGGCCGGUACCCCCGGACGCCGCCGCUGUUCAGCCCGCCGCCCAGGCACCACCUGAGCCCGGACGACCUGGCCCUGGCCCCCCAGCACCCAAGCGCCUUCGACCGGGUCAUGCGGCUCAACUCCGUGCCCAUGGACUCCCCGGCCAUGGACUUCUCGCGCCGACUGAGGGAGCUUGCGGGCCAGUCGGCCAUGGCCGGAUCAUCGCCGCCCAUGUCCCCCGGAAGGCCCAGCCCCAUGCAGAGGCUGCUGGGACCCUUCCAGCCCGCCGCCGCCCCGGCUGCCUCCCCGGCCAACACCACCCCGUCGCCCUCCGGCAGCCGAGCCGCGUCAGCUAGCCACCAGGCCCAAGGAGGUGGGUCCACCGGUACCGCCGCAACUGCUCCGGGCACCCCGACUCGGGCCAAGUCUUGCGAGUUCUGCGGCAAGAGCUUCAAGUUCCAGAGCAACCUGAUCGUGCACCGCCGCAGCCACACGGGCGAGAAGCCCUACAAGUGCCACCUGUGCAACCACGCUUGCACGCAGGCCAGCAAGCUCAAGCGGCACAUGAAGACGCACCGGCGGCACAACUCCACGUCGUCCGUGGCCUCCCGCUCAGACGACGGGAUGUCGGCGUCCAGCUCGCCGGAGCCGGAGCCGGAGCCGGGCACCAGCGACGUUCCCGGGAGCGCCACCAGCGCCCUCAAGUCGGUGGUGGCCAAGUUCAAGAGCGAGAACAACGGGGUGAUCCCCGAGAAUGGCGAAGGGGAAGAGGAGGAGGAGGAAGAGGAAGAGGAGGAGGAAGAAGAGGAGGAGGAAGAAGGGGAGGAGGAAGAAGAAGAGGAGGAGGAGGAGGAAGAAGAAGAGGAAGAGGAUGGAGGGGAGGAGAACGGGCCUGAAGACAAGAAGGACAUUGUCAAGUUCAGCCUGAACCUCGAGGGUACCAGGCACCAUGAGAACAGCCACAGGCGUUACCAUGGCGGUCUGAAUCCGCACAAACGCCACACGGUCAACUCCAACUCAACCCCCGACCUUGGCGAUGACCCCGACUCGGAACUGGAUCGCGCCGAAGACAGACACAUCACAGUCAACGGCACCGGCCCUUUCCCCAGGGAAGUCCUAACCCAGAAACUCCUGGGAAACUCCAGCCCUCCCGGUUCCCUCAGCCCUCUCUCCAAGCGUAUCAAGGUGGAGAAGGACCUGGACUCCCCCAUCCCGACCCCGACCCCCCCGACCGUCACCGCGGCAGCCGCCACCACCCCCAUCACGGAGAACGUCUACUCCCAGUGGCUGGCCGGCUACGCGGCCUCCCGGCAGCUCAAGGAGCCCAGCAACGCCAACGCCGGCUUCCUCAACUUCGGCGGAGGGGACUCGCGACAAUCGCCUUUCGCCACCUCCUCGGAGCACUCGUCCUCGGAGAACGGCAGCCUGCGCUACUCCACGCCGCCCGGAGACCUGGACGGCGGAGUCAGCGUCGGCGGGGGAGCCUCGUGCCGCAGCGGGGCCGGCAGCGGCGCCAGCACCCCGCACCUGACCAUGCCCCCCGCCAGACCCAGCUCCAAGGACAGCAGCGGUGGCGGGAGCAGCAACGGCGGCGGCGGCAGCAGCAGCAGCCGGCGCAGCGACACGUGCGAGUUCUGCGGAAAAGUCUUCAAGAACUGCAGCAACCUGACGGUGCACCGGCGCAGCCACACGGGCGAGCGGCCCUACAAGUGCGAGCUGUGCAGCUACGCCUGCGCCCAGAGCAGCAAGCUGACGCGCCACAUGAAGACGCACGGGCAGCUGGGCAAGGACGUUUACAAGUGCGAGAUCUGCCACAUGCCCUUCAGCGUCUACAGCACCCUGGAGAAGCACAUGAAGAAGUGGCACGGCGACCGGCCGCUCAUCGAGGACAUCAAAACCGAGUAAAGCGUCAUCGAGGAUAUCGUUUGGAGCUUUGGAUAUCAAAAGGAGAGAGAGAGAUUGAGAGUGAGUAGAGAGAGUGGAGGAGUAUGUGGAGUUA